CUUGUGCCAGAGUGUAUUCGAGGUCACGGAAAUGAAGGCUGUUCAUUUACUGUGACUACCAGCGAGCAAAGUCGGUGUUAGAAUGAGAGAGACAACUUUCUUGUGAGCCACACUCACAGAGCUCAACAUGAUGCUUCUCAACUUCUCAUUGGUCUCAUGGCUCAGAUGCUCUUCAGCCCUUAUUGUUGCAGCUUCCACAACUGAAGACGCGGUGCUGCAGACAGACAAAGCUCCGACUGAGACAGAGGGACCAACAACUUCAACGCUGGUGAACGGAGUUGGUAGCAGAGUGCACUUUAUUGGAUAGAGAAGAUGAUCCUGAUCCUGCUGCUCAUCACCAUGAUCUCCUGUGUCUGUGGAACUUCUUUUUUGAAAGUGAAACAGACCCACUAUCAGGCAGAGGAGAACGACAACAUCACUCUGGAAUGGAUGUUCACAACCAGAAGUGACAAAUCCCCAAACUUACUCUUUAUCAUCUGUAACCUAAUAACAGACCUCAGAGUCUCUGUCCUGUAUCGACUACAUAACGGUGUUGAAGUCCCGGAGUCUCAGGAUGAACAGUUUUCAGGACGAGUCCAGUGGGACAGAGACGUCCUCAGAGAAGGACGACUCAGACUUCAUGUGUCCAGACUCAGGACUGAAGACUCAGGCCGGUACAAGUGUGUAGUGAGGACAGGAUCUGACCUGAGUGCAGAUCAAUGCUGGCUCAAUGUUACUGCCUCUGUUGCUCAGGAACAACAUACGACUCCAACUGUGAACCCAGAGCCACUGCGUCAGGAAAGGUUCUACGUCUUCAUUGGUGCACUAGUAUUGACAGCAGGAAUCAUAUUAGUAGGGACAGCAGCAGCAGCAGGAAGGAAAGUAGCUAAAGUAGUGAUAACAGUAAUAGUAGUGAUAGCAGCAGUAGUAGUGAUAGUAAUAGUAUAUUCAAUAGCAGUAGAAACAGAGACUGCACCAGAAGCGAACGUAUUAGAAUGGUUGUUUGGAGGAUUUACAUUAUUAGCAGUGUUUUUAGCUCUGUUAACUCCCUAUUUAAGCACUUGCUCACAGGAGCGAUAGCAGCAGCUACAUAAGCUCUCUGAUUAAAUAUCAUGUUUUUGAUAAUUUCAAUGAGGCCGAUGUUUUUUAUUCUCUCUCGCAGAUUAAUAAAACAUUUAGAUCAUCAUGUGUUUUGGUGAUUCGCAAACAAAUCUACAGAAGCACUGGUGGUUGAUCUAAUAUCUGAACAGACAAACAUUUGACAGAAUUCUAAGGACAUAUAUACGUCAGUGUCUCAGGUUGAGAUUCUAUAAGCAGAUAAAACUUACAAACAAGAGAAGGAAUGAGACAGACGGCAGGAGCUUCUGUCCAGUGUCUGAUUCUUUAUUCAAAAUAUAUCUCUACAUCUCUCUUUACACUUCAGGUAAAAUAAAACACACAAUCUCAACUUCUCUAUUCAUUCAGAGUUAAUCUUUGUGUUCACAGCUAUUGACUAAUAAACAUUACCUGCGAAAAGUUUCCUUUUUUUUAAUCAUAUAUAUUGCAAAUAAAUCUCUGUAACACUGACACUUUAGUUCCACAAAAAAAUGAUGAAGUAUUUAAAUGGCACUUACUUAUAGCACUUUGUAGUUUGGCUUUCUUGAAGAAAAUGUUACUUUCUUGAUUCUUGUUGUUCUGGGUUUGUUCCCUCAGGGUUGAUGCACUUAUUGUGAGUAGCUUUUGAUAAAAGCAUUAGCUAAAUGAAACGUAAUGUGAAUAUAUGAGCUGAGCUACUUUUUACAUUUUGUGAAUAUUAAGAAUACAAACCCUGGACUUUAACAACAUUUAAUAGAUUGUAUAUGUAUGUUGUAUAUAUUCAUGUCAAAUAAAUGUAUUUUGACCAAAA